CUAAUAACAUAAAACAGUAGCUACUGUCUAAUUAAGAAAACAUAUUCAGUUUUUUUUGCUCUAAUAAUAAAUAAAUUAAAAUGUUUUCUACUUCGAAUAAAAAUACUUUGUUCUGCAAAGAAUUUUGGGGUAAUGGUCCUGCACCGGGAGGAUUUUACAAUUUCGUAGGCACUAACGAGAAUACCUCGAACUUCAAUAAAGUUUGCAAAGAGUACACAACACCGGGUCCCUUUGGAACACAACACUCCUUUUCUCCGAUUACCACUGGCAGUUCCGUUGUUGGCAUUAAAUUCGAUGGAGGUGUUAUGAUUGCUGCUGACAAUUUAGUUUCCUAUGGUUCGUUGGCUCGCUAUCAAGAUGUAGAACGUGUUUUCAAAGUGAACGAUAAAACUAUUAUGGGUGCCAGUGGCGAUUUUGCCGACUUUCAAAGUUUAAAACGCAGCAUUGAUCAAAAAAUAAUCGAAGAUACUUGUGAUGAUGAUGAAAUUAUUAUGAAACCUAAAGCUUUGUACACUUGGUUAACACGUAUAUUGUAUAAUCGUCGUAGUCGAUUUAAUCCUCUUUGGCUGGAGAUUGUUGUUGGCGGUUUUGAUAAUGGUAUACCAUUUUUGGGUCACGUAGAUCUACGCGGUCGAGCUUAUGAAGAUACUGUCGUUGCUACUAGUUUCGGUAAACAUUUAGCUUUACCCUUAGUAAGAGAAAAACUUGGUGACAAAAAGCUGUUAACACUAAGCGAAGCUAAGGAAGUGCUGCGUGAAUGCAUGGAAGUUUUGUAUUAUCGCGAUUGUCGUGCAAUUCCCAAAUAUAUGGUAGCCGUUUGCACUAAGGAUGGCAGUGUUAUUGAAGGCCCAUUUAAUAACGAUGAGAAUUGGAAAUUGGCCACUAUGGUAAAAGGUUAUUAGGCGUUACAUUUUGUAAAGAACAUACAAAUUAAUUAUAAAAAUACAUUUUUUAUUAUAUUGUAAACA